AUGCCCACCGGAAAACACCGUAACACCAAGCGAUCUUCUGGUGGUUCCUAUACAUCAACCAUUACCACUGUCAUCUUUGUGUGCAUCUUUAUAUUAGGUGUCUGGAUACUCACUUCUAACUCGUAUGUUUCAUCAAAUAAGUCCAACCGACUCGCUAAAUUUUCUUUUUCUGCAGUCCGUUCUCGCAAAAUCCCCAUUGAUCCACCUGCUUUUGAAGAUAACCCCGGUGAUCUCCCUGAGGACGCCAUUCGGCCUGAUGAUGGUUCUGCGGCACGUAUUGACCCAAUCACCAGGUCAAAUGAAACUAAACCUCGAGUCGAGACAGCUACAGGAAUGGCUGUUGAUAAACAGCCACAUAUUGAUAAAGAAGGAAAAGAUGAGGUUCAAAUAUCUGAGGAAAGUACAAUGACUCAAAAUCAAAGUAUUCAGAGAAUAGAGGAAGCACAAAGAAAGGAUAUUGAAAAUGAGAUGCAAAUGAACGCUACAGGAUUUGAUGACGAACAGAAUGAAGUGAACAAUCAAGAACACCAUAUACCACAGGAAAAACAAGAAAAAACAAAGAAUGAUAUGCAAACUUAUGCCACAGAAGGCAGUGAUAAACAUAAUAUGGUCAUCAAUGAAGAACAAGAUAUAUCAGAAGAACAAGAAAAUAGAAUCAACCACCAGCAGCUACAACAACAUGCCAAAAACGAGGAAACAAGCAAAGAUUAUUUACAACAAAUUGAAGAUAAAGCAAUAGAAAUUCAUCCAGAGAACGAAACAAAACAGGUGAUUGAUGAAGCCAAGAUCAAAGCCACAGUCAUAGAGCCAAAUAAAGAUUCAAAAGCGGUAGCAGAUGGUAACAUGACGAUGGAUCAGAGUUCUUCAGGAAUUCCAAAGGAGUCCAAUAUAUCAAUGCAGGAAUGGAAAACCCAAGCAGGUCAGUCAGAGAAUGAAAAAGAGAGACAAGCAGAUGUUGCAGUUAAUCACAAAUGGGAUUUAUGCAAUGUUACUAGUGGGACAGACUAUGUACCUUGUUUGGACAAUGAAAACGCAAUUAAGAAGUUAAAAAGUAGGAGUCAUUUUGAGCAUCGGGAACGGCACUGCCCAGAGGAGGGUCCAAUGUGUCUCGUCCCCACACCCGAAGGUUAUAGGACACCUAUUCCAUGGCCUCAAAGCAGAGAUAAGAUCUGGUUCCAUAACGUACCACACAAGUCCUUGGCAAAUACAAAGGGACACCAGAAUUGGGUGAAGGUGAGCGGUGAGUUACUAACUUUCCCAGGAGGUGGAACUCAAUUUAUCUACGGUGCUCUACAGUAUAUAGAUGUGCUACAACAGGCAGUGCCUGAGAUCGACUGGGGAAGGCACACUAGAGUAGUAUUGGACGUCGGAUGUGGUGUAGCAAGUUUUGGAGGUUACCUUUUUGAGAGAGACGUCCUGACUAUGUCAUUUGCCCCAAAUGAUGAACAUGAAUCUCAAAUCCAGUUUGCUCUUGAGAGAGGAAUACCAGCAAUUUCUGCUGUCAUGGGCACUCGACGCCUUCCCUUCCCAAGCAACGUUUAUGAUCUCAUACAUUGUGCUCGUUGUAGAGUACCUUGGCACAAAGAAGGUGGAAAGCUUUUACUGGAGAUUAAUCGUUUGCUUCGGCCUGGAGGUUAUUUUGUUUGGUCAGCAACACCUGUUUACCGGAAGAAUGUCGAGGAUGCCAAAAUAUGGAAAGAGAUGUCUGCUCUAACGGUAGCAAUGUGUUGGGAGCUUGUAACUAUCAAGAAAGAUAAGGUUGAUGCAGUUGAUGUUGCUAUCUACCGCAAACCAGAAUCAAAUGAAUGUUACAAUGGAAGAAAGAAACAAGAACCACGAAUGUGUAAACCAGAUGAUGAUCCAAAUGUUGCAUGGUAUGUACCUCUACAGGCCUGUAUGCACAACAUCCGAAUAGGGGACAUAGAGAGGGGUUCAAGAUGGCCUGAAAAUUGGCCAGCCCGAGUUCGAACACCUCCAUACUGGUUAAACAAAUCCCAGAUGGGCAUUUAUGGAAGACCAACACCAGAUGAUUUUACAGCAGAUUAUGACCAUUGGAAACAUGUUGUUAGCAAAACAUAUAUGAAUGACCUAGGAUUCAAUUGGACCAAUGUAAGAAAUGUUAUGGAUAUGAAAGCUGUUUAUGGUGGGUUUGCUGCAGCAUUAAAAGACCUAAAAGUAUGGGUACUAAGUGUUGUGAGCACGGACUCACCUGACACGCUGCCAAUAAUAUUUGAGAGGGGUCUUUUCGGAAUUUACCAUGAUUGGUGUGAAUCUUUUAGCACGUACCCUCGGACAUAUGAUCUCCUCCAUGCGGAUCAUCUCUUCUCCAUGCUGAAAAAGAGGUGUGAAAUUACACCUGUUAUAAUAGAGGUUGAUAGGAUCGUGAGACCAGGAGGGAAAUUGAUUGUACGAGAUGAAUCCACCACAUUACAGGAAGUCGAGAAAUUAUUGAAGUCACUACAUUGGGAUGUCCAUAUAACUGUAACUAAAAACAAAGAAAAAAUAUUAAGUGCUCAGAAGUCAACAUGGAGACCCGAUACUUAUGCAAUAGCUUAA